AUGGCGGCGAAGAGGAAGCGGCAGACUCAGGAGACGCAGCUGGGGGCGAAGAAGAGACGAGCAGCCCAAGGAGCAUCUUCCUCACAGAACACAGCCCGGCGGACGUGUAUCGCCGGCUGCCGGGUGGUCUCCCCAGAGGAGGUGGGCCUCACCCGGGAGCCACUGGAUCUCCUGCGUGCCACGGUUGACCUGGAGGUGAACAAGCUGGGAUCGUGCUCGGGUGUCGCGCACCUGAUCUUCAGGGACGGGAAGUGCGCCUUCGCCCACGCCGCCGGGAUGGCGGACAUCGAGCGAGGCCGUACGUUCGGCCUUCAGACCAUUUGCGCCCUGCAUAGCUGCUCCAAGCCGCUCACGGUGGCAGCCUUCCUGACGCUCGUGGACGAGCAGAAGGUGCGUCUCUCCGAUCCGGUGGAGAAGUAUCCAGUGAGCGCUGCUGCGCGCAUCCGUCACCGCGCUCGGGGAAGCUUUGCAGCAAGCGCGGCGGCAGAUACGAGGUUCUCAGACCGGAUUGCGCUGCCCACCGGGAGCACCCGGACUGUGAAGACGCCCGCUACCCUCCGGCACCUCGUGGCGCAGGGCCCCGUGGCGCGGUGGCGGAUUCUCGGCAGAGUCUGCGAAGUGGUCAGCGGACAGUCGCUGGACAAGUUCAUGACAGAGAGGCUGUUCGAGCCGCUUGGAAUGAAGGACACGUAUUUCAACGUACCGCGAUCGAAGCAGGGUCGCAAGGCGGUGAUCUACGACUGCAAGCGUGCGAAGCACCCUGGCGCGCGCACGCCAUUUCAAGCGCAACGCUGGGAAAGCGACCAGAUGCACUCGAAGGUAUUCAGUGGUGGAGGCGGCAUGCUGAGCUACUCCGACGCCGGCAUCUACAGUACCGCUGAAGACUACGCGCGCUUCUGUCUAAUGCUCCUUUCUGGUGGCGUCGCCGCAAACGGGUGCCGCGUUCUUCGCAGGAGCACUGUGAGCAUGAUCUGGCGAGAUGGCCUGGCACCCUUCGCGCAGGCCGAUGGACGCGUAAAGGGCUGGAACGACUUUGGCGGCAAGGACUUCCGCUUCUAUUGGGACCACCACGCGUGGUCAAUGCUGAACGCCACCCUCGACAUCGACCAGGGAGCACCACGGGCUACAGGCCCAGCCCGCCGGGGUAGCACUUUGUGGAUGUACGGCAUGGGCGCCUACUGGUUCAUCGACUCGGCUCGCAAGAUUGUGGCCGUGUCAAUGGCGCAGUGCUUCAGCGACAGGCAAGAGGACCGUGGCUCCGACUGCGUCCCCUUCCUGCGGCUCGCGCUGCUCGGGGCCAAGGGCGGCGCGAGGCAGAGGAAGCCGUUCUACUACGGCAAGGAGCCCUGA